GUUUGUCGUGCGCUUGUGUGUGACUGCGCGAGCCGUGUGCGUUUCGUAGUUUCGUUCAGUGUUGUUUCACUAUCAAUCCCAAGCGGCYCUUCGAACAAGUUACAUACGUUGGUCGUCGCAGCAGUCCGUACACCGUUUUGUGUUCAACCACCAGUCCACCGUACGCGUUCUGUUGCCAUUUCGACGUCGUCCGUCGUAUUUGCUUUUCGUUUCGUUUUCUCCCGUCGCCGGCGUUCGAUACUCGGCCGUCCGCCGUAGCCGCCGUUCGCCCCGGCUCGCAACAUCACCCGUAUCGCACGUGUUGUACGCGACCAAAUCGUCGUCGUCGUCCCACUCCCCUCCUCACACUGUGCUGCAGUGUAAGUAGUAGGAAGUAACCGUUGCAGCAGUAGCGUUGUCACUUGUCACAGCUAUCGCGCACGCGAUUACCGCCGAAACGGUCAACCCCGGACAAGAAGCAGUCCCGCCGACGACGAGUUGCAUUUGUACAUUCGCGCAUCCAGUGUUCAUCGCUGACGCCGUCGCUGAUAUAUCCGUUGAUUUACCUCGUAAAUACAAUACAAAAUGGAUCAAGAAGGUGCUGGUAGAAGAAGGAGCUCAAGGUUGGCUGCAAGGGGCAUAGUGACAACACCAAAAGCAGAGCUUAUUGUUAAAAAGUCAGUUAAGAGUUCUGAAAAACCUAAACGAUCGAAGCGUAAGACAACUGAAGAAAUAAUUGAAUUGCCUGAAGCUAAGAAAACUAAAACUGAAGAUAAGGCUUCUUCUGAUGAGAUUGACAACCCAGAAAAAAACAAAAAUAAAACUAAUAAUGUUGAUGAAAAUGAUGUCUCUGGUAUUUCACCAAUGGAUGUUGACAAUGUUGAAGAAACAAAUGUGUCAGCACCAUCUGAURUAGAGAAAAAAGAUUUACCCACAGUUGAGGAAAAGACUGAUGUACCACUUGAAGAUUCCAAAGAUCAAGAAGUUGUUGAAAAAGUUCCAGUCGCUAACGAUGAAAAAGAAAAGGAUAAGUCUGUUGAAACUGAGGAUAAAAAAUCUGAAAUAAYGGAAGAGCCCAUUAAAGUAAAAGACCCUGAAAUAAUYGAACAGUCUAAAAAUGAUGAGCCUAUACAAGAAUCAGUAGCUUUGGAAAAUACCAAUGGCCAAAGCGAUGAAAAGGAAAAAAUAGAGUCUGUGGAAGAGAUUGUAAACAAUGAUAUUGGGUUUUGUGUAGCAACCAAAGAUGUUACACCAAAUGGCGAAACUGAAGACCAAGUUAAGCCUACAAAUGGUGAUGACCCAAUAACAGUAGUGGAGGCAAUAGAACCUAUCAAAGUUCUCCAUGUUGAAACUGAUUUGAAAGCUGUAACUGCAACCACUGCCAUCACCACUAAUAAUGAUGAACCAGUUAUUGAACAAGUUGAAAAGGAGCUAGAUAAAGCUGCCGGAAAUGUUGUUGAUAAUAAUAUAAAUGMAUCAGCUGAUGACAAUACACCGAAAGUGGACCAGUUAUCAACAGUUGUGUCCUAAUUUUUGUCAUU